ACUUGUCAGUCACCGCCCUUCAUCAGCUAGGAGCCAAAAUAAGCAAUCUGAGCGGCGAUGUCUCAUGAGUCAAGUGAUACUGCUGUUAACUGCUUGUUAAUAACCAACACCGAUUGAUGCCAGACCGCGUAUAAGUUUUUAUUUCAGCCACUGUUUUAUCUUCACCCAUGCCGCCUUCAAGCUGGUUGAAAUUCUAUGUAUGAUCGAGUUGGUCAACAAUUAUUCGGGCUUCUAUGUUGAGGAAACCGAGCGGACGGAGGACAAGGAACCGUCACGGAAGCUGCCUGAAGUGGGAGACGGAGGCUUUUAACACGAGUGACCUCACCCCACAACAUCGCCUGUCAACAGCAAAACGCCGAACAGCAACGAGGGUGUCGCGGGAUAACAUUUCCACAUUUUCUUGCCAUCUACAAGAAGAUACGUUAAUUGGCUUGGUCUGAGGAGAAUAUACUAAAGCCAAAGGUCUCGCCUGAAGACUGGAAGGGAAGCAGCCGAUAUACAGGAUGAACCACCUAUCCUUCAGCGAGCUUUGUUGCCUCUUCUGCUGUCCUCCGUGCCCCAGCAAGAUCACGGCCAAACUGGCCUUCCUGCCACCUGAGCCCACCUACAGCCUAAUGUGUGACGACAGCGGCAGCCGGUGGACUCUUCACUUGUCAGAGCGUGCUGACUGGCAAUACUCGUCCCGUGAAAAGGAAGCCAUUGAGUGUUUCAUGACCCGUACCUCCCGGGGCAAUCGGAUUGCGUGCAUGUUCGUCCGCUGUUCGCCCAGCGCCCGCUACACACUCUUAUUCUCCCACGGUAACGCGGUGGAUUUGGGCCAAAUGAGCAGCUUCUACAUUGGUCUGGGCUCCCGGAUCAACUGCAAUGUUUUCUCCUACGACUACUCUGGUUAUGGUGCCAGUUCUGGGAAACCCUCAGAGAAGAACCUUUACGCUGAUGUUGAUGCCGCUUGGCAGGCUCUCCGCUCACGGUAUGGCAUCCGUCCAGAAACUGUCAUUGUGUAUGGCCAGAGUAUUGGCACCGUGCCUUCUGUGGACCUGGCUUCUCGCUACGAGAGUGCCGCAGUGAUCCUGCACUCCCCACUCACCUCCGGCAUGAGGGUGGCCUUCCCUGAUACCAAGAAGACUUACUGCUUUGAUGCCUUUCCCAAUAUUGACAAGAUUUCAAAGGUGACCUCACCGGUCCUGGUGAUCCACGGCACGGAUGAUGAAGUCAUCGACUUCUCCCACGGCCUGGCGCUGUACGAGCGCUGCCAGCGCCCCGUAGAGCCGCUGUGGGUAGAAGGGGCUGGCCACAACGACGUGGAACUCUAUGGACAAUAUCUAGAGAGACUCAAGCAGUUUGUUGCACACGAGUUGGUCAAUUUGUAGAGGUAGAAACAUCUGUGGAGAUCAAACUUGUGGUUGAUUUUGUUCUGUUUAUAACUUAUCAUCAUCAUGGCUAUUUUUCGUUAGGAUGCAGGCAUUGUUUGCCUCUGUGGAAGUGUUGUUGGUAGAAUUUUAUGAUAAACCGCCUCUCCUACUUUGGACCUCCAGUUCAGUUCAGUCCCGUUCUGUCUACUGCAACUGUGAACCAUGAACAAUUCAUGAACUAAAACCCAGUGGUUUUGGAUUUUGUUUUUGGACUUUUUUUUUUUUUUUUUUAAACAUGUUGCACAAUUGCACGUUGUUACAGUAUGCGAGUGCAAGAGAAAGUAGAAGACAUACUGUCUUUAGAACAGCCUGUGUAUGAGUGUGUAUCUGACUCUUUUGCUGCCUUUUGCAAAUAAUUAUUGGAGACCUCUGAACCGGCCACAAGGAUGCUGAUGUUCUCACUAACAGCCUUGAUCUGAACUGGACUGCACUCUCCAAUACAACUGAUGUUGAUUUUUUUUUUCUUUUUUUUGUUUUUAAAUCAUUGCAGUAUGUAUAUAUUAUACAUGAUAUUUGCACAUAUCAGCUGUCACUGAAGAACUGUGAGACAAACUGCAGUGCAGGUGUUGCCAAAUGUUUAGUAUAUAUAUCGCCGAGAUGGACUCGCAGAGAUUAUCUCCGCACCUUAUUGCAUUGCCUCUUCUGAUCUUGUAAAUUUGUCAUCCAAUCGUUUUACUCUCAAAUUAGAGUCACUAUGCAGCAGUUAGUUUCAAAGGUGAAUUAUCUUCUCUUUCUUCAAAAAGAACAUGUCAAGAAGUCUCCUCAUUCUGACAGCUUCUUUUUUUCGUUUUAGGAUGUCAAAAUCCAUAUCUGUAGCUCAUAUUAAAGAUAAUGCUUGUAUAAAUAUUACUAUAACAAAUUUACAGUUGUCUUUUUGAAUUACUAAUGCCCAUCUUGGCAUUGAGUGUUACCUGGAAUCAUUUUUUUUUCAAUUCCAGAAGAGUAAAAAUGAAGAGGGUUUGUUUUCUUCAGUUUAUCUGAACAGUGAUUGAAUGAAUACCAGUCCUACUAACUCACCACCUAUGUACAUGGAUAAUAACUUUUGUCAUAGCUUAGCAUUAAUAGUCUUUUUUUUUUUCUUCCCUUUUACUUUCACAUUCUUGUCUGCUUGGCAUUUCUGGUUCCAUUGUUGAUGGUUUACUUACCCUUUUAUUGCCGAGGAAACCCAAACAAGCUAUUUCAAUGCACUAAUGACUUGGUUUACUAUAAAAGCUGAGAUAAGCAAAUGUCAAUGUUCACACAAUGCCAUUCCCUUAUUUUUUUUUUUAUUUUUGGCACACAAGCCUGAAUUUAUGUAUGGCGGUGGACCAUGUUGAACCUAUGAUUGCUAGUGUUAACGUCACAGCAACUGAUUGAUGAGGGAUUGGGCAUCUGUUCAGUUCUGUGUGUAUGCUUUCACAAGUCUACGGUUCAUUUCUCUCUUGGUAAGAUUAAACUUUAAUUUUGUGCACUUUGUAAAUAGUACAUUAUGCUUGUACUUUUUAUUCCUCUUAAAAAUGUUGCCAUCAUAUCUGUCAUACUACAUUCAUACUUGAUGGGACAUCUGACAGAUCAAGAUUUUGUACUGCUCAGCUGGACUCUUGGCAUCUCUGAUUCAGUUCUGUUUUUGUUUUUUUUUACUGCAUAUUUCGAUACAAAUGGAACUGAAACUGUAACAACAAUAUUUAAUAACUGUAUAGCUAAAAUAAAAUUGUCAUUUAGAAGAA